AGUGCGAUUGGUGCGACCUUAGCGUCCUGCGCAUGCUCAUGCCAGCUGGUAACCGGAGGUCGCUGAUGCAAUUGAACAACGUGAGGUGUUGGCGGUGGAGGUAGACGGUCAUUCAUCGUUGGCUCCCGAAGCUGAUCUGCACACGAUCGCCAUUGGAAGCAUUCAGCAUCAUGGGGGAAAGCAGAAAUGUUGAGGAGAAGAUCAGUCUUAUCACACGAAACUUGCAGGAGGUCUUGGGUGAGGAUAAGUUGCAUUCCAUUCUGCAAGAGCGAGACCUGAAUGUUUACUGGGGAACAGCCACAACUGGAAAACCCCACGUAGCAUACUUUGUGCCAAUGUCAAAGAUCGCUGACUUCUUGAAAGCUGGCUGUGAGGUAACUGUUUUAUUUGCUGAUUUGCAUGCUUAUUUGGACAACAUGAAAGCUCCUUGGGAGCUGCUUCAACUGAGAACGGAGUACUAUGAACGUAUUAUAAAAGCCAUGCUGGAAAGUAUAGGUGUACCAACAGAAAAACUCAAAUUUGUGAAAGGGACCGAAUUUCAGUUAAGCAGGGAAUACACUUUGGAUGUCUACAAGUUGGCCUCUGUAGUGACCCAACAUGAUGCCAAAAAAGCUGGUGCGGAAGUAGUUAAACAAGUGGAACAUCCUCUCCUCAGUGGUCUCCUGUAUCCUGGGUUACAGGCCCUAGAUGAAGAGUAUUUGAAGGUUGAUGCACAGUUUGGUGGGAUUGAUCAGAGGAAAAUAUUCACCUUUGCAGAAAAGUACCUUCCAGCUCUUGGGUAUUCCAAGCGCAUUCAUUUAAUGAACCCUAUGGUCCCAGGCCUGACUGGAGGGAAAAUGAGCUCCUCAGAAGAGGAAUCCAAAAUUGAUCUGCUUGAUGACAGGAAAGAUGUAAAAAAGAAGUUAAAAAAGGCGUUCUGUGAACCUGGCAAUGUGGAGAACAAUGGUGUUUUGUCCUUUGUGAGGCAUGUCUUGUUUCCAUUGUAUGGAGAAUUUGUAGUUUUGAGAGAUGAAAAGUGGGGUGGUGAGAAGACCUAUGUAGAAUAUGAUCAACUUGAAAGUGACUUCCGUGAUCAAACUAUCCAUCCUGGGGACCUGAAGAAUUCUGUGGAAGUCAUGUUAAAUAAGCUGUUGGACCCAAUCAGGAAAAAGUUUCAGACUCCAGAGAUGCAACAACUAAUCCAAGAAGCUUAUCCUGUGCCUAAGAAGCAACCCAAGGGAGCUCCCAAAGGACCAGCUGUUGAUGAUGUUGACAUUAGGCCUUCUAGGCUUGACAUUCGAGUUGGAAGGAUUAUCAGUGUGGCGAAGCAUCCUGAUGCAGAGAGUCUGUACGUGGAGAAAGUGGACAUUGGAGAAGCAGAGCCACGGACGGUUGUUAGUGGGUUAGUGCAGUACAUUUCUGCUGAGGAGCUCCAGAAUCGAGACGUGGUAUUGCUAUGUAAUCUGAAGCCACAGAAGAUGCGAGGAAUUGAAUCUCAAGCCAUGUUGCUUUGUGCGUCCAUAGAUGGAGAAAAGCGUAAAGUGGAACCAUUAAAUCCUCCAGAAGGCUCUGUACCAGGAGAGCGGGUGUUUGUGGAGGGAUUUGAAAAUGGUACAGCAGAUGAAGAACUGAAACCAAAGAAAAAAGUAUUUGAGAAGUUGCAGGUAGAUUUCAGGAUUUCAGAUGACUGCAUUGCCCAGUGGCAGGAGAAGAACUUCAUGACAAAACUUGGUGCCAUUACAUGUAAAUCGCUAAAAGGAGGAAGUAUAAGUUAGUUAAUACAUCCUACUUGAAAGUACAGAAAUUGCUUUUCGUCUGGCUUUAAGGCUUCAGCUCCAGCCCUGUACAGUUGAGGACAUUAUUGCAGUCUCCGAGCUGAAACGCAUACUAUGUUGUCUUCUAGUGGUGAAAUCAUGAAAUAAUGAAAUAUCAAUGAAUUGAAUAAAAGGUAUUAAUCUUGGAAUAAUCACAUUCUCAUUAAUAGUAUCUAAUAUACCAAUUAUCAAUGUGUCAGAAUGCAUUUAUUGCUCAGGUGACAUCCUUGCACUGCAUCAGUCGUUUCAUCGGCAUGUACCUUGUGUCUAAGUUGAGAUGUUUGAUAGUUGGCUCACUAGACACUCAAGUAAUUAGAUAGUAAAAGUCCACUAUCUGCUAAUUAUAAACAUCAUAGUUGGUAUAUAGCCCUGAUAAAGUCCAAACAGCAGAAGGAAUACAGCAUCUCAUAAACUAACCUCCUCCUGGCACACCAACAGGCAUCUUCUGCCCUGUAGCUGGAAAAAAGUCUGUGCUUCCCAUGGUGCCAUCAUUAGCCACUUGUAAAGCCACAAACAGGAGCAGAAUUUGACUUUUAUCUUGAGGAAUUGCUCAGGAAGAAUGUUUAUAUUCAUUAAAGCCCACAUAACUAGUGGUAUUAAUUUGACCAUACCUCUAAAUUUCAUCGGAAUGGCUUUUGGUUUCUUUGGCCUCGUAGUACUCCCUAGCUUAAAUUGAAUAUACAUAGACUAUCUGUAAACAUCUGUAACUUGCCUUCAUUCCUUAAGGUAAAUGAGUAAUUAUGUUCACGCAGCCUCAGAGCCUGCUUUGAUAUUUAUCUUGUGUGACUUUUGUUAAUGGGGCGGGGGGGAGAGGUGUCAGUAACCCAGUUUAAAUCUUGACCUCUGGUGCUGUCUGGGGUUUUUGUGCAUUCUCCCUGACACUGUGCUCUAGUUUCUUCCCACAUCCCAAAAAAAAGUGGGAUGGUUAAUUGGCUAUUGUAAAUUGCUCCACAAGUGUACAGUAGGUGUGGUGGUGGAAUGUGGAGGAGUUGAAAGGAAUGUAGGGAGAAUAACAUGGAAUUAAUGUAAAUGCAUGCUUACCAGCUGGACAGGUUCUGGGGCUGGAGGGUGUCUUUCCAUGCUGUGUGACUUUACUGAUUGUGAUUCAUGUCACAAUUAUAUUGGGUGAGACUACACUGUGUUGAGAACAGUUUUGGUUGGCUUCCAUAAAAUUGGAUGUACAUGUCACAGAGAAUGAUGAUUCACCAAGCUGGUUCCUGGGAAAGCAGGCUUGCUGUAGGAACAGACAUCGAGGAGGCAAGUCUUGAAUUCUCUACCAUCAAGAAGAAUAAGAGGUAAUCUCGCUGAGAUUUUUAAAAAUUCACAGGGGUUAGUGCAGAGGAGGUUUUUUUUUCCUCGUUAAAGUGUCUCAAACCAGGGUUCCUUGGUUUUGCUAGUGUUGAGUGUGAGGUUGUUGUUGUGACUGUGACGAAAUCUGAAGGAUUAUUCUAAAGUGGAUUGUUCCUUUAAAUGAGAGAGUGAGUGAGCGACUAAGAAAAAGGGAAAAGUCAUUUCGGGCUGAGAUUAAAAUUGAAAUGAGGUGAAAGAGCUGCCAUGAACUUGAGAGUCAGAGCAAACUUGAAGGGCCAGAUGCUAAUUCUUAUAAGAAGUAAUGUGCAAGAAAAUGGACUAUAACCAGAUUUCAUUGUGUACUUGUGAUCCAUAGAAUGCACGUCUGAGUUUGCAGCAGUAAGACAUUGCAUGUUCUAGCAAGGAAUUUGUCAUUGCAUCAGAAAUAUCACCAGCUGCCAAGACCCACGUUAAAUUUUCAGUUUAUUCUGACUUUUAAAUGAUUUGAGACGUCUUAAAUUUUAUGUUGUAUAAAUGAUAAAAUAAUCUUUGAAAAAUUAAGCAACCGAAAUUGUUUUUCCUAAGAAUUGAUUGGGACCCAGAAAUUCUUUGCUUUACUUCUCUAAAUCUAAGUUGCCUCAAGCUCUAGCUGGGACAGAAUAUAUCAAUGCACUUGUAACUUAGAUAUGCUGAUCAUAAGUGAAAACAAUUUCUUUAAUAUUUAAAUGUCUGCAAUUUCUAUUUUGUGUAUUGAAGAAAUAGGGAGUUUUUAAAUUAUUUUGAGAAAGAACAAAAUAAUCAGCCUCUUUUUUAAACUAUGAACUCUGUUGGAAACUAAUUGGAGGUGAUUGAUAUGUUUCAAUCAGUAUAAUUUUUUUUAAUAAUUUAGUUAGUUGACCUCCAAGACCUAUUACAAGUGUAACUUGGGAAUCAUGAUGCUCUAUUUUAUGCAUGUGUAGGUGGUUUGGCUUUGUAACAGCUCUCCAUUUAGUUAUGCACUCUUUACUUUUUGACGAAUAUUGUUCAUAUGUAAGGUGCAAUGGCCAAUUCUAAUACACCAAUUGCUCCUGCUGGCGGCCUAGCACGGGUUGUUACCCUUGUGUGAUGCACCCUGCAAUCACUCCAGUAGUGAUGUUUCAGAGUUGAAGAAAUAUAUUAGGUCCUUUAUUACAACUAGCAAGCCAAACAGUCAUGAAGUGAUGUAAUUCAGCGCAACUAAGUGGUCAAAAAAGAUGUGAUAUCCAGCGGUCCCCAGAACAAAACACAACUGCAUAACUUAUAGCCUUCACUUCUACCACGCCCCCACUUGAAUGACUAGUUAUUAUAAACAUGCAACAGAUGCUACGUUUCUACUUAAGAUUUGCUCGAAAGCCACCCCACUAGGGAUAAUGUUAUUGUUUACUUCAAAUGGCCUGUAGCUGAGUGUAACUGAUAACAAUUGAACCAUAACCUAUAUAUGUUGCCUUUAGAAUUAAAACACAAAGGGUGUUGGUUAUAGAAAACCCGAAGACCAGUUGCACACAUUAAAACAAAUCAGCAUGAAUUAUACACAAAUCAGAGAGCGUGCACAAAUUCAGACGUGAAUACGUGUAAAACAUGGAUGGAGCACUCAUUCACAUAGUUGGCAUUUUAAUGAAAACUAAUUGGUUGUGGGUAUUACUUGGUCCUUCAAGUAGGCAUUUGAAUUUAAUCCAUUUACCACCUUUCCAUUUUCAGACUUACAAGUAAACUUUCUGGCAAACUUUAGAUAGGACCAAUACUCAAUGUCCCAAGAAAAGCCAGGGGAGUGUAAUUAGUUGGAGAGUUCUUUCAGAAAGCCAGCAUAUGUAUGAUGCUUUGUUCAAAUUUAGAGUUAUGUGCAUGUUGUAUAUUAAAAUUGCUUAUGGAAGGGUCUGUUUCUGAAUUUAUAUCAAAAUCACAUUUAAUAUCAUCUGCAUAUGCCAUGAAAUGUCAUUAUGUGA